UUGACAGUAAUAUUUUCUUUACUUCCAGGAUGUCGAGUCAGAUAAAUGCGAGGAAAAGGGUGAAGUACAAUCCCCAAUCGAUGGCAGUGGCAAUACAGAUGGUCAGGAGCGGCCAAAUGAGCAAAAGGGGAGCGGCAAAGGCUUAUGGGGUACCGAAAAGCACCUUACUUGAUAAGCUAACAGGUAGAACUCAGGAGAUAGUUAGCCUAGGAAGAAAAACUGUACUGACGCCGGCCGAAGAGAAAGCUUUGGUAUCAUACGCCAAUUUGAUGUGUGAAAUAGGGUAUCCUAUAACUCGAAAGGAACUAACAUUUGAGGUUCAACGUAUCCUUAACAUUGAUGGCAGGGACACGCCGUUUAAAUGCAACCUUCCGGGAAAGGACUGGUUCUCGGGUUUUCAGAAGAGGCAUCCAGAAAUGACCUUUCGAAAACCUAUGGCCUUGGGUCAUGAACGAGCUGCGGUGACAAUGGAGAAGAUUAAUAACUGGUAUACUGGGGUAUACGACUAUCUUCAGACAAACUUUCCAGAUACGUACAAGGACAUGCUGAAAGAUCCACGUAGGAUCAUUAAUGCGGACGAAAGUGGAUUUCCAUUGAGUGUUUAACUGGGAAAGGUGUUAGCUCCCUCUGGUGCAAGACAUGUAUACAAUGUAGUUUCCAAUACCAAGUUACAAAUUACGGUUAUGGCCGGCUUCAAUGCCUUCGGGGAAUACUUGCCACCUAUGAUUCUGUUCCCUGGUGAACGAAUCCGUGAUGUAGGAUUGGCAGGGUUCCCUGAAG